CAUGCCGAAUGGCGAACUGGCGGUAAUGUCAAUUCUGAAUGCGGAAAUACACAAACAAACGUGUUCGGAGAAGCUGAAAAUAGGGCCUGAUGUCAAAGCAUGUUUAGCCGUUUCCUGGCUCUAUUUAACGGCGGGAUGAGGGCAUACAAAGUUCAAGAUGUCGGGAGAGAGGUCAGAAUAGGUGUGGCAGCCAAAAACUUUGAAGACUUGAAGAAAAAGGGCUGCGAAAAACUCGAGCUAAAUCCAGAUGAUGUGACGGUUGUGAUAGAGGAUGACGGCACGGUCGUGGACAGCGAGAGUUUCUUCAAGAAGUUGCCUGCACAGACAGUCUUUGUAUUUCUUAAAGAGGGACAGGUUUGGAAUGGAGCUGGAGCUAUGAUACACGAGGCCCUCACUAAACUGCUCAGUGCAACGCGAAGAAAUGAGUUGGCCAAUCAAAUCCGAGACCUGAUGGAGGACGAUAAAGCCCCAGAGAAGGUGCACAUAAUGUCACAGUACCUGGACAUGCUGGACACUGACGUGGAGUCGGAACAUCGGCACGAGAAUGAAGAUUGGUUCGAAGGUUUAAACAAGAAAUACAAGACCAAGAGCGAGGUGAUGAGAAACUCGGCCCAGACAAGGAUACGGAGCUACUACAAUAGUGCGAAGGAGCAGAUUGAAAAAGAGGCUGAUGCCAAGAAUAAACCGAUACUCCUGGAAUUGUUGGAGGAGCUGUACGAAGAACUCAAGUCUCAGGACUUCCACGGAAUGUACUUUGAUCGCAGGGCCAAACCAAGGGAGAGAAUCUGUGACAACAAGGGUUGGUUCCAGUGUCAGGGAGCGUUCGAUGAGGACUCCUGUGAGAAACACCACACAAUUAACCCCUACGCUUCCAGGGGCUACAGACAACUGUUUGGCUUGUGGAACCUCGAUCAUAUAAUUGAGAAAUCCAGAGAAGUGAUACCCGGGCUGAUCGAGGCAGCGCGUCAAAAACCUAAGAAUGCUCAUCUCAACUGGGAGCAGGUGUAUAAACUCUUGUUCACCAGAGACAAUCUCAAGUUUGUACAGGUUGGCUGCCACAAGAAGGCAGCUCGAGAAUCAGGCAGCUGUCCUUGGCAGUCUUUUGUUGUCAAGUGAUGUUGACGGACCUUUUGUUAGAUGAUUACCAUGUUGUUAUUGUUUUAACAUGUCACAUGACGCAAGGAUUUUUUCCAGGCCUAUUUUUUUUAUUCCAAUAUAUAUUUGUUACAAAGACACAAAAUGCUUAUUUUUGUGAAAAACUGUAUUUGAGGUACAUUGUAUAAAGAGGAAAAAUAGUUAGUUCUUUGACUUGGUGAAGGCAAGAGAUCUUUUUUACACUUGAUAUAAAAAUAUAUUUGUUACAAAAUGUAAUGAAAUAAUUAAAAUACAUUUGACAUUUAAAUGAAUUGUAUUUUUUAGAUUGAUCAAUUUUAUUUCUGUUUUUGAUGUUUUUCUUGGUCAAUAUAUCAAAAUGGACAUCUUUGUAUACACAUUUGAAGAACAUCUUUGUAUACACAUUUGAAGAACAUCUUUGAAUAUGCAUUAGAUGAACAUCUUGUAUAUACAUCAAAAGAACAUCUUGUAUAUACAUCAAAAGAACAUCUUGUAUAUACAUCAGAAGAACAUCUUGUAUAUACAUCAGAAUAACAUCUUGUAUAUACAUCAGAAGAACAUCUUGUAUAUACAUCAGAAGAACAUCUUGUAUAUACAUCAGAAGAACAUAUUUGUAUACACAUUUGAAGAACAUCUUUGUAUGUGCAUUAGAAGAACAUCUUUCUAUAUGCAUUGGAUGAACAUCUUGUAUAUACAUCAGAAUAGCUUUGUAUACACAUUUGUAGAACAUAUUUGUAUACACAUUUGAAGAACAUCUUUGUAUGUGCAUUAGAAGAACAUCUUUCUAUAUGCAUU